AUGGUAAGUAUCCUACAUUGUUUUGUGGGGUUUUCGUGGGAGAACCUUACUGUGAGGAUUGCUGGAAUUCAUCUGAAAGACAUGGACCUGGAGAGUGCCAAAGACAUCAAGUUCGUAGAGCUUCGGAACGAACUGCGACCGAAGUAUGCAAGAUCAAAGGAUCAUGAGAUAUUUCGUGUAUUCAUCAAGAUUACGAUAUCAAUGUAUGAUCAUUUACUUGACGGUCCCCAGAUGAUAGAGACAAGAGUGGAUGAGAUUUACUUGACAAAUAAUACUGUAAGUUCAAUGACAACGAUUGGGGUAAGAGCGGAUGAGAUUUACAUGAUAAAUAAUAUUGUAAUUUCAGAGACAACGAUAGAGAAAAGAGAGGAUGAGAUUUACUUGAAAAAUAAUAAUGUAAUUUAUGAGACAAGGUCCAUGCGAAAAAGGUGCCGGAAAAGAAUUUCGACGAGGGCACCAUUU